AUGGAAGAAGAAGAGGAACGAGAAGAGGAGAAUAGGAAAGGAAAGAGUAAUGAGGAGAUAGAAGAAAUAACAAAGGAAGAACUAGUGAAACAACUAAGAAAGCUGAAGAAAGGAAAGGCACUAGGAGAAAAUAGAAUAGAGAAUGAAGCGUGGAGGCUAAUGCCAGAGAGAAUAGGCGAAGUAUUUCUAAAAUUGAUAAGAAAGAUAUGGAGGGAAGGAGGAAUACCAGAAGAGUGGAAUAGAGGGAUAAUUAGCCCCAUAUUCAAAAAAGAAGAGAAAGGCAAAGUAAAGAACUACAGAGAGGUGACCCUGAUGGAUACGGCGUACAAGAUAUGUGCAAACAUCCUAAAUGAAAGAUUGAAGAGGGAAGUAGAGGAAAAAUUAGAAGAAGGACAGUUUAGUUUCAGGGCUGGAAAAGGCACGACGGACACAAGUUUCGUUCUGAACUUCAUAGUAAACAAAGAAAUAGCAAAAAAGAAAGGGAAGACCUUCGCAUUCUUCGCUGAUCUAAAAGCGGCGUUUGACAAGGGUUAA